UGAGGGGAAACAAACAUGGCGCCGCGAAAGUGAUGGAAAGUGUGAGGCGGAGCUGGUGGGCAGAUGAGAAGAAAAGGAGGACAUUCUUCGUUAGGUAACUGAUACUGUCAGUCCAAACUAAACUUUCACGGCAAAAAGAGAAGGAAGAAACGAUGUAAAUAAGUUGCUCGCACCACAAUGGCUCUGAGGAAGCAAUGGAUCCAGGACGUCGCCUCUGAAAGCCAGCAGGAGGAUGAAGACGUGCAGGAGGACAAGGCUGCUGCAGACAUAGACGACGAGGAUGAGAACUCCUCAUCGCUUCUUACAAAGUCGUUCACAAGAGAUAAAUGCUGGAAGGAGCGGGACAGCAAGCCCAAAUCUAAAGAGAUGACAGAGGAAGAGAUGAUGGACCUGGCCCUUCGUCUGAGUGAACAGGAAGCCAGCAACACUGCCCUCCAGCAGCAACAGGAGGAGGCGGAUGUGAGGGAAGCCAUCCGAGAAAGCAUGGUUAGCCAGACACAACCGUGCCAGACAUCCGUGAGUCAAACUGUGUUUGCUGACAGUUUGCUCAGGCUCCCAUCUCGACGGAAACUCUCCUACUUGAACGGGGAGACGUUGUCCAUCGUCUGCCAGGAGCCUCUAGAGGACGGCUGCAGAACAGAGACCGAUGUGAACUCAGCAAAAGGAGCUGAAGAUGAAAACAUUAAUAGGAAUAAAAAGCGGAAACGGAAAGAAGAAAGUCCUCUGCUGGAAAUGCCAGACUUGUCUCAGACUCAGAAAAUCUCCAGGCAGACGUCACCCUGCAGCUCCGAGUGUCUCUCAGCUGCUCUGGACUCCUCGCAGAGCUCCGACUUGACUCAGAUAGACAACUCUCAGCUUCAGAAGUCGCCCAUCUUCCCGUUGACUGGCUGCAGAGCUGCUGUUCACAUCCACCGUCUGAGUCAGGACCUGGUGGAUUCCUGCAGAGAAUCAGGGUUUGUGUUGAGCUCUCAGGACAGUUGUACCUUGACUGGAAAGUCUGCACAACCCAAGAGCCCCACAUUCCCCCAAAGUGACCUCAAGCCAUGCCCUAAAAGUCCUAUCUUCUCCACGGGUGACUUGGGAGUUGAUGGACAGACUCAGCUGAGCUCUGAGUUCGUUAAGAGUCCGGUGUUUGGCAGAAAUACUCAGCACGAGAGGUCUCCAAGUGCCUGCAAACACCACGUCUCUGUCUGUAGCCCAGCCUGUGAAAACCCAGAGUUUGUGUUUUCUUCUCAGGAAAAUGUAACCCCCUCUAUGAGGUGUGAGUCCUGUCCCGAGAGCCCAGUGUUCCCCAAAAGCCCUGGCCCCCACAAAAUUCUCCCUCCCUCACAUCUAUCAUUGGUCCCCAAAAGUCCUUGCCAAGGGGAGACUGAUAGGAGUCACGGUCUCGCUCUGAGCCCUGUGUUCAGCCUGAAAGCAGCACAACAGAGCUCUAACAGUGACACGGAGAAGAAGCCGGCAAGUCCUUCAGCUGCCAGACUCCAAGGUUCGAAGGGGGAAGCGAGUCCGCCCAGCGGCAGGGAGAAGGUUGCUGGCUGUCAAGCUGACAACUGUAACACAAUCACACAGUCAGAGGAAUUGAAUGAAAAAUCCAAAGACCUGAACCAUGCUGAGACUGUGCCGAUGAGCGAUAUGACAUUAGUCUGGUCGGAUGGAGACGAUGACGACGUCACGCCGGUGGGCUCUCCCAGCCCAGUCUUCCCAGAGGAGAGCCCUGCUCCUCGGGAAGAGAGCCAGGCGGACACAUUGAACCAUUCUCCAGCCGCUUCUGUGGAGCCGAACUGCAGGCGCCAGCAGCUUUCCAGCCCCGAACAUGAAAUGCAGCCGGUGGACAGAGACAAGCUUGUCGGCGGAGUGACACAGCCACUUAGGGAGCCUUUGGGUGAACAGACGGUUCACUACUACUGGGGGGUUCCCUUCUGCCCUCGAGGCCUGGACCCAGACCAGUACACAAAGGUGAUCGAGGCUCAGAUGGAGGUUUAUGAGAAAAGUCUGAAAGAGGCUCAGCGUCUGUGUCUGCCGAAGGUCGAGUGGGGAGAGGCCAUCCUGCCGCAGCCAGAGAAGUGCGCGUCUCCUGAGGUGCUGCCUGAAUCCCCUCAACGUGAUGUUCCCCGAAGGAGACGUGGUAAAAGAGGUGAAACAACUGAUACUCCUUCGGCCGAGGCAGAGGAAAAGACAGAAGAAAAGGAAGAACAGGACAAUGACAAGAAAGAUGAAGACCAGCAAAUGAAGGAGGAAAAAGAGAAGAAUGGAGGAAAUGAAGAACAGAUGGAUACUGAGGACUGUGAGGUUUGUCCAGAAACACAACUGAGCGACAAUAACAGCACACAGGAUCUCGUUGUUACUGAUGCUGCAGCGGAGCUGUCCCCUAAAAGUCCUGAGCUGCCUGAGAUUGAGACGACGUUACGCAACAGGUGUCCAGUCAGAGCUGAGACUAAGCAAGAGGCAGAGAAGGAGGUUCACGUGGAUGCCUCAACUGCUGAAAAGGAAAACAUCUCGGGCUGCCGUACGGGUGCUGGAGGACAAACUGCGGGAGCAGACAAGCAUAUAAAGGACAGGACAGAUCCAGACCUUGAGGUGGUAAAGGACAGAGGAAUUCAAAGGUUGCCGUCUCCUGAACCGGAAGCAGCAUUCAGCCCUCGUACCGCCCAAUCCUCCAUCAAGUGCCCCAUCUGUCAGGUGCCGUUCCCUGUGAAUGAGAUUGAGAUGCACGCUGCGUAUUGUGACGGGGACGUGGCUGUCGUGGAUGAGAGGAGGCCCGAUGGAGACCGUUUCCAAGAGUCACUGAAGCAUCGAGGAAAGAGAACAAGAAAAACAAAAGGGACAGCUGAGGCAACAAAUGAUUUCUUGAACGUUUCCAGGAACCAAGAGAAGUGUUUUAUCUGUCAGAAAGCUGUUCCUCUGAGUGAAUACGACCGACACACGGAUCUCUGCCUCCAGCGUCGGUCCGGGACCGCAGCAAAAGGGAAUCUGCUGUUGGCUCUGGAGAAAACAGAAAGCAUGGAUUUUGAUGCCCGGCCGUCUGGAUCCAAAUCCCACCAACAAGAUAUCAUUGAUUUGCGAGAUGAUGAUGAUGAUGAGGAGGGCACUCCCGCGUUUCCAAUGAGUGACUCUCCUAUCAAAUCCUUCACUUCCAUCUCUGAGGCCACAGACUGCCUUAUUGACUUCAAGAAACAGUAUCGAUCCAAAAGGCCGACUAAAAGAUGAAGAUGAUGGAAAUAGUUCAAAAGACUGAAAAUCCAGGAACCACGAGCCUUAACAGAAACCCGAAGAGCCAUCAGGUCAUUCAAAAUGCAACACCCUCAUCCUGAUGUCACCUUUUGGAUAUUUAUGCAGACAAAGGCAAACCGAGCACUUGAAUGUUGCAAAUCUGUUCAGAGGAAACCUGAUUUUGACUCAUUUGAAGCCACUGAUGUGGACUGAUGUCAGACUACCUCUUCUUUUCUUAUCAAAGCAUUCCCACUCUGUUACUGUAGCUUUGCUCUUGAAUUCAGCUCAUAUUAAAUGUCUCGUAUUUGGGAGGAACGAAGCAGGUCUGCUCUGUUUUCAUAUUUACUGAAAAACAGCUGAAAUUAUAGUUUUGUAUGAAAUUGACUGGAGUAUAAUUAUUUAUUAGAACACUGCAAACUGAAUACCAGCAGUUUUCUGUCAUUUUUUAAUUAGAUGCUGGACAUUAAAUGUCUCGUGGGGAAAAAGUUUGGACUUGAAAAUGUAAUUUUUGAUUGGGCCAAAAGUCAAUUUAUUUUUAUCGCUUAAUGGAAGUUAUGGGUCCACCCCCGUUAAGCUGGCUGAUUUGCUCCUGAAACACAAGUUUUUAAGUUCGAGUUUAGAAAAAACAAACAUGGUGUUAAAGAGCUGUGUUCUACUGCCAGGACGCUGAAGCUGUGUAGCUGCAGAGCUGCAUAGACUUCAGACGAUUUAUAAAUACGGCAUCUCUGGGCCUCCAGUGAUGCGCAAUAUGGUUUUCUUUGACUUCUAAAAAGUUUAUUCACAUUGAGAUAACUCUGUUGUAAUUUGCUCGUGUGGUAAUAAAUUGAGCUGAUGUAUCAUUUAAUUCACAGCAUUCUAACUUCUUUGUUUUGCUUCUUGUCUACUCAAAAGAAGUAGAUUCAUACUGUUACUUUGAUUUUUAUUUUACCUCACUAUUAACUUAUUUUAUUUCAAAUAGGAUAAAUAAAUCACAAAACAUAAAUCCAGUCAAUUUUUUGAAUUGACAGUUAUUCCCAAUUUUUUUUUUUUUUUUUUUUUAAACGAUGCAAGAAAUAUAGAGCUCAGUAAAUCAUGUUGUCUGUUUACAGAAUUCUUCUCAUAGACACAACUAUUAAACCGCAUAUUAAAAGAAAAAAAGGCAUUGUUUUGAUCAGUGUUCUAACUGAUUGUAGCACAGAUACUGGAUCCACAUGAACAUCGAAACAUCUACAGGAACUGUUUCAUCGUAACCUUUGAUUCUUAGUUGAUGUAUGAGAUAAUUAUUUUUGUCUCAUUUUAUUUAUUUAUUACUAUUAUCGGGUAGUAUUUUUUUCUGGUUGUUUCUGUUUU